AUCUUCUGCACUAUGCAAAUCCCUCACCGAACCCGGCAAAGAUGUCUGGGGUGCUCCGACCACCAAGGGCUCCGUGACAACGGGCCUGCCGGACAAGGUAGGUCCAGUGAACGUUCCACGUUGGGCUCAGGGCACAAGGAAGCUACGAGGACGGAAAGGGAAGACCGCGUCUGAGCCUCCAACCUAAGACCGGCACGCCGGCCGCAGCAGUCCGCGAGCACCUCCUCCGCGGACAGGCCAUUCCCGGCAAUGCAGCCUGGGGCCGCGCCGCUCCGGACCUGAGCAGCCAGCGAACCCCCGGACGUAGUCCUCCGGUUAGGAGGCUGGCGGCCGCAGCGGGGUCCCCGAACACGGCGCACUUGCACGACGGCGGCUCGAGAAUUUACGGCUCUCGCGAGAUCUUCAGAACCCGAGGCGCACGGUCCGCGUACGCAGUUACCAAGGCAACGGGGCGGCCCCUGAGGCGCGCGAAGGCCGCGGGCCGGGAGAGGUUUCCCAGCGCCGCCGCCCGCGGCCCUGAGGAGCAUGAGCCGGAUCUCGGGGCUCGUGCCCUCCCGCUUCCUGACGCUGCUGGCGCAUCUGGUGGUCGUCAUCACCUUAUUCUGGUCGCGGGACAGCAACGUCCAGGCCUGCCUGCCCCUCCGAUUCACCCCCGAGGAGUAUGAGAAGCAGGACGUGCAGCUGGUGGCCGCCCUCUCGGUCACCCUGGGCCUCUUUGCCGUGGAGCUGGCCGGCUUCCUCUCAGGAGUGUCCAUGUUCAACAGCACCCAGAGCCUCAUCUCCAUCGCAGCGCACUGUAGUGCAUCUGUAGCCCUGUCGUUCUUCAUAUUCGAGCGCUGGGAGUGCACCACGUACUGGUACAUUUUUGUGUUCUGCAGCGCCCUCCCAGCUGUCACUGAAGUGGCAUUAUUCAUCGCCGUCUUUGGGCUGAAAAAGAAACCCUUCUGAUCAUCCUCACUGCAAGAACGUGGAGAACAGGGCUGGGGGAGCCAGAAGCUCCCGUUCCUGGCAGGACAGCGUCGCCGCGCCCCGGAAACUGCUUCUGGUGGAGGAUGUCGGUGUUGGGAUAAUUGUCUGGGAUAGCGUUUUAGUCAGUGCUUUGUAAUAAUUAAAAUCUAUUUUAUAAUAAGAUCAAAAUUUAUACAAUUUUCAGGGAACAGUUGAGUUGGCCAAACUACUGCAGAGACUGCUUUCCAGCCCAUAGAACAACAGGGGUCGCUUCUAUUUUGGGUAUUACGGUAGAGUGCUGGCGGCAGGGAUGGGCGGAGAUAUGUAAAUAAGAUUGUGUAUGCUCAGAACUCACGAGCACGUGAGGGAGCAGAGCAUUCUGGGAGGAGUUAGUUUAUUCCUUUUUGGCAAUCGAAUGUAAGAAGUUUUUUUUUUAACGUUACAAAUAAAUGUCGAAAUAUGAUUGAAAUAAUUCAAAGCAACUGGGUUUCUCCGACUAACGCGUUGCGUAUUCACCCUAGGUCUUAGGGGCAUCUGCUCCUCUGAAUAUGGAAUGGCCGGGGCGGGCCGGUAUCGUCAGGUGGGAUAAUCCUUACCUGUUCCUCCUUUUGGAGGGCAGAUAGAACAUGAUGAUUGGAGUUCGCAUGAUGCGUGAUUAGCGUCUCUGCGUAAUCAGGACUUGCAACACUCUGAUUGCUCCUAUCUGAUUCUU